AUGGGUUGGUUCAAGGGAUGGUCAGUCGAACGUAAGGAGGGCAACGCCAGCGGAAAAACACUGCUGGACGCUCUGGACUCCAUCAUCCCUCCCUCCCGCCCCACCGACAAGCCCCUGCGUCUGCCCCUGCAGGAUGUCUACAAAAUUGGCGGUAUUGGAACUGUCCCUGUGGGCCGUGUUGAGACCGGUUGCCUGAAGCCCGGUAUGGUCGUCACCUUUUCUCCUGCCUGUAUUUCCACUGAGGUGAAGUCUGUGGAGAUGCACCACGAGUCUCUGCUUGAGGCGUCCCCUGGUGACAACGUCGGCUUCAACGUCAAGAACGUGUCUGUCAAGGAGAUCCGUCGUGGAAACGUGGCUGGAGACAGCAAGAGCGACCCACCUAAAGCAGCUGAAAACUUCACCGCUCAGGUGAGUCUGACCAAAAUCCGUAAAGAGGACACAGAUUAAAAAGGCAUACCUGAA